AGCUGCCAUUAUUAGACAACUAUGGGAUAGUUUUGUCGACUUAUAUAAUCAUAUGCAUACUUCAAAUAUUUCUGGUAGCCAAUUUCAUCAAAAAGCUCGUCAAUGGUUAAAACUCUUUUUAACAAAGUCUCAAGGUAAUAUAAAUUCACCAGAAUUUAUUCGUGGACUUUAUCGCCCAACGGACAUAACACCAUAUAUUCAUGUCCUUGUAUAUCACGUACCUGAAUUUAUAGAUUUACAUCGAAGUAUUAAAUUUUCUUCAUUUUCUUGCUGUGGAGUAGAAAAAAAAAAUUAUGAUCAUGUUUUAUAUUUUUUUAGAAAGUCUAUGAAAGAUGGUGGAAUAGGUGAUAAUCGAAAAUCUGCAAUAUUUGAAAUUAUGGAAUAUGAAAACCGGUCUAAUUUUUUUUAUAUUAAUGAUAUACUAACUUAUUUUAAAAAAGAUCGUGUAGUUCAUGAAUAUUCGAAUACUGAUAUUGAAUAG